GGCUAGCUUCCUGGUAAGGUCCCUGCCCUAUGGUGGAGGGAGAAGAGACUAACAGGGGAGCAGGAGAGAAAGCGGACUGUGUCGGUCGCGUCCUGCUCCAGGAGCCGAGUGGGCCUGAGAGAAGGGGAUCAUUAGAAAAGCAUAUCAAAGAACCUGUGCUAAGCAGCCCUCCUGUGUGCUGGUGUUAUUGGCCUUAUCCCUCUACAGCAGCUUCAAGUAGCAACAUUGUUGCUACAACAUCUAAGGCCCUGCUUCCUGAAGACCAAAGCCUAUUGCUAGGUGAGAGAGACCAAAGAGAAUGGCCCCUGGGAGCCAAAGACUGUCAUCCCAGGAGUUGAUGACAUUCAAGGAUGUGGCUGUGGAUUUCACCCAGGAGGAGUGGGGCCUCUUGAAUCAUUCCCAGAAAGAGCUGUACAAGGAGGUGAUGCUGGAGAAUGUCCAGAACCUGCUGUCUCUGGAUUUAGAGACCAGGUUGGAAGUAAAUGAGGUGACUAGAAAUGGUGGAAUUUUUCUGGAAAAAUGUGACCUGCAAAGAUUCAUGAGCAAUGGUGCCUGGGACUUCAAGUGGAGAGAAAUUCAUGACUCUGAUAUCAACUUAGAUAAAAAUCCAAAGAGUGAAUAUGAAUUUGAUGAAAUUGGAAAGAGAUUCAGUCAGUCUUGUAUCCCAAAUCACCGUAAGAAAAUGACCUCAGGGAAUGACUGUCUUCAGGAGACUGAAAAUAGCAAAUGCUUUACUGAAGAGAGAGAGCUUUUUCAGUCCCAUGAGAAGGCUCCUGAAAUGCCAGUGUAUCCAGGUAAUCAAGGGGAAAUGGCCUUGAGCUGGAGUUCAGAUCUCAUUAGACAUCAGAAAAGUGAUACUGGAGAAAUGGUUUCUGUAAGUAAUAAAGGUGGGAAAACCAUGAGUCAGAACUCUGAGCUCAUUCCUCAUCAGCAAAUUCCCAUUAGAAAGGAGCCUGAUAAGUAUAAUGAAUGGGAAGCAACCUCAUUCUAUCAUUCAUCUUUUCUUUGCCAGCCUAGAUUUCACUGUGGAAUGAAAAAUUGUGCAUGUCCUCAGUGUGGGAAAGCCUUUGGUUGUGACUCAGAUCUUGAUAAAUCUCAUAAAAUUCAUACUGGGGGGAAGUUUUAUGAAUGUCAUGAAUGUGGGAAGGCUUUUUGCCGCAGAUCACUCAUUCGCCAUCAGAGAAUCCAUACUGGAGAGAAACUUAUUGAAUGUAAUCAGUGUGGAAAAGCUUUCACACAGAGCUCCAGUCUUGCUGCCCAUCAGAGAAUCCACAGUGAAGAGAAACCUUAUGAAUGUAAUCAUUGUGGAAAGACCUUCACAGACAGGGGCAAUCUUACUGUACAUCAGAGGAUUCACACUGGAGAGAAACCUUAUGAGUGUAAUCACUGUGGAAAGACUUUCACACAGAGCUCCAGUCUUGCUGCCCAUCAGAGAAUCCACAGUGGAGAGAAACCUUAUGAAUGUAAUCACUGUGGAAAGGCUUUCACAGACAGGGGCAAUCUUGCUGUACAUCAGAGAAUCCACACUGGAGAGAAACCAUUUGAAUGUAAUCUAUGUGGAAAGGCUUUGAGAGACAGAGGCAGUCUUGCUGCCCAUCAGAGAAUCCACACUGGAGAGAAACCGUUUGAAUGCAACCACUGUGGAAAGACUUUCACACACAGGGGCAGUCUUUCUGCCCAUCAGAGAAUCCACACUGGAGAGAAACCUUAUGAAUGUAAUCACUGUGGAAAGGCUUUCACAGACAAGGGCAGUCUUGCUACACAUCAGACAGUUCACACUGGAGAGAAACCUUAUGAAUGUAAUCAGUGUGGAAAGGCUUUCACAAGGAAGGAGAGUCUUGCUGCCCAUCAGAGAAUCCACAGUGGAGAGAAACCUUUUGAAUGUAAUCAAUGUGACAAGAGUUGCAGAACAAGCUCCCAGCUUGCUAGACAUCAGAGAAUCCACACUGGAGAGAAACCUUAUGAAUGUAAUCACUGUGGAAAGGCUUUUACAGAGAGCUCGCAUCUUGCUACACAUCAGAGAAUCCACACUGGAGAGAAACCUUAUGAAUGUAAUCAAUGUGGAAAGGCUUUCAGAGACAGGGGCAGUCUUGCUGUACAUCAUAAAAUCCACAGUGGAGAGAAACCUUUUGAAUGUAAUCAAUGUGGAAAGACUUUCAUAACGAGCUCCUAUCUUGUUGCCCAUCAGAGAAUCCACACUGGAGAGAGACCUUUUGAAUGUAAUCAAUGUGGAAAGACUUUCAUAGAGAGGUACAAUCUUGCUGCACAUCAGAGAAUCCAUACUGGAGAGAGACCUUUUGAAUGUAAUCAUUGUGGAAAGGCUUUCACAAACAGGAGCAAACUUGGUGCCCAUCAGAGAAUCCACACUGGAGAGAAACCUUAUGAAUGUAAUCAUUGUGGAAAAGCUUUCAGAGACAAGGGCAAUCUUGCUGCCCAUCAGAGAAUCCACACUGGAGAGAAACCCUAUGAAUGUAAUUUAUGUGGAAAGGCUUUCAAAGACAGGGGCAGUCUUGCUGCCCAUCAGAGAAUCCACACUGGAGAGAAACCUUUUAAAUGUAAUCACUGUGGAAAGGCUUUCACGCAGAAGGGCAGUCUUACUGCACAUCAGAGAAUCCACGCUGGAGAGUAACCUUGUGAAUGUGGAAAGGCUUUGACAACCAGGCAGAGUGGUGCUGUAUAUCAGAGAAUCCACAGUGGAGAGAAACCUUAGGAAUGUAAUCAUUGUGGAAGGGCUUUCACAAGCAGACAGAGUCUUGCUGCAUAUCAGAGAAUCCACAGUGGAGAGAAACAUUAUGAAUUUAAUCAUUGUGGAAAGGCUUUCAGGGACAAGGGCAAUCUUGCUGCCCAUCAGAGAAUCCACACUGGAGAGAAACCUUUUAAAUGCAAUCACUGUGGCAAGGCUUUCACAUAGAAGGGCAGUCUUACUCCACAUCAGAGAAUCCACGCUGGAGAGUAACCUUAUGAAUGUGGAAAGGCUUUCACAACCAGGCAGAGUCUUGCUGCAUAUCAGAGAAUCCACAGUGGAAAGAAAGCUUUCGAAUGUAAUCAGUAUGGAAAGACUUUCAAGAAAGAGCUCCCAUCUUGCUGCUGAUCAGAGAAUCCACACUCAUGCAAAACCUUAUGAAUGAAAUCAGUGUUGAAAGGCUUUCAAAAGGAGGCAAGAGUCUUGCUCCAGGAGACCAGUGUCAGUGGAUGGAAGAGGAAAUAUGGGGGAGAAAGGUGUAAGAAUACUGGAAAGGUCAGAGAGGGCCAAGUUAUGCGGGGUUUGGAUUGCCAAACAGCAUUUUGUAUUUGCUCCUGGAAACAGGAAGCCACUGGAGUUUAUUGAGUGGGAGAGGGGGAGUGACAUGGUCAGACUUGCACUUUAGUAAAAUGCCUUUGGGGCUGGACUGGAAUGGGGAGAGACUUGAGGCAGGCAGAUCCCCUCCCUCAGCAGCUAUUGUAAUACUCCAGGUUUGAGGUGAUGGUGUUUUGUUAAAACCUGAUUGAGAAACCUUAAUAUGGAGUAUAAAGGUGAAUGAUUGCAAUAUAUUAUUAUUUUGUAGGGAAGAAGAGGGCUUGGGUAAUUGGGGAGGGAGCAGGCUACAGGACUUUGUUUCUUCCAAGGCACAGAAGAAUAACUGAGAUCUCUCUGGGGAGUCCUCAAUCUGAUUCAUUCUGGCAUUGGAGUGAAUGGGUUAUCAGAUCCCCAAGGUUAGAGGAAGGAGUGUCUGCUUGGAGACCUUUCUGCAUUAUUGUGACGGGGUGAUACCACUGAAAACAGGCCACCUAACUCAGGCUGGGUAAAGUGACCUUUGGACUUUCAGCCCUGCCCCUCACUUACCUUUUCCACACCUGGACUAAGAGGAGGCCAACCAAGCAGAGUGGAAUCAAGUUUGAACUUGCCUGCUGUAAACUUCCCCCAAGAUGGACAUGUCCAUUUUCCAUGAAUUACCAUACCAGGCACAUUCACUGGACACUAAGUAAGCUUGUUUGAUGGAAGGAGCCUGCAGGGAGCCACAGUUUUGCUCACUCCUAGGUAUGUUUGCUGGUGUUCCCUGGUGGACCUUGCUAAUGUACACCGCUCCACCCCCGCUCCCCCCAGACUAGGCUAAACCUGCCUUGCAGUCACCAGGCCCUGCUAAAGAUCCUGCUUCUGAGUUCACCUGUUUCUGGAAAAGAUUGUCCAUUCUUUUCCCCAAUACCUCUCUGAACUUCACCUUUGUGGUUUUUCAUGCAUAAAUCUCCCCUGCCCCUCCUGGGUUGUUGAGUUUUUGUAUGACACUAGGGUCUGAUGUUCUUCCUAAUAAAACUUUUCUGUUUUCAACUCAUCUGGGACGACUGCAUUUUCAGGGAUGGGCUUCACCUGGUUGAAAGAAUACAACAACCUUUGUAAGGAAAUUAUAAUUUUCAUAUUAAUCAAUAUGAUAUGUCUAAUCACUAUAGUAAUAAUUUUGUUUUCUCAAGAGCUGCAUCUCUGGCUUAGGAGUCAGCUCACAAUGCAGCUUGAACUGAUUAAUCAAAACUAUUGACUACUCACAAUCGCCUGACCCUAAGUGAAGGGAAUGAAAGAUUGUAGAACCUGUUCCUGCCACAGAACUCUGGUUCUGUACUUUAGGGGAGGUGGUCACAACCCCCAAAGACUUGACUCCAGAAUUGUUUUAUUGUGGGACUUAUUUAUUUGUCAUGGAAAACCACUAAAAAUUGUAAUGCACUCUUCCCCAGUUGUGAUUUAAGUAUAUAACCUGUGCUUUUACUUCAGCUAAGAGAACAGUCUUUAUUCUGAAACCGAUUAAUUAAACUACUUAAUUAUUGGCACUGCAUUAUCUAGGCCUCCUUUGUUUCGCUCUGAGCAUUCUCAGGUUAGAGACUGACUUAGUAAAAAUCCUGACACUGGUGUCACAAGUUUUUAAGGGGUGGAGGUAGGGUGAAGCUUUGAACUCAUCAGUACAGGAAGAAGGGAGGCUGGAACAUGUAGGCUGGAUUCUCUAAAUUUGUGCAUGCUGUGUUUCCUUUGAGCUGUUUCUGGUGCCACUGGAUUUUUCUUUCCUAGAAGUCUCAACUCACUCGACUGACAAAUUCAGUGCUCCCAACUGUAGCUCCAUUACAGGCCCCAGCCUCUAAUCAAGCCCAACUUUUCAUUGUGAGAAAUGCUUCACAGCCCCUUUUGCUGAGCAGGAUCACUUUGGUAAGGCCUGUGGGUUUUUUGUUUGGUGGUUGGUUUUUGGCACGCAGAUUUGGCUUUGCAUAUGUCUUUUCACUUAUGAUGCAGAGCCAGCUAUGGCCUGGGAUUUUUCUCUUCUCUCUUUAAUAAAUGCUGAAUGGGGUUUUAUUUUUGCAUGUGGUAAAAAAAAUUUUUUUUGUGUAAGACUUGCUUUCACACUUGGUUUUAUGUGCAGUUAAACAAGGUGAAAUUAACUUUUUUUUAUUCUGUGCUUAGUUAGAAAUGUUUACUUCUAUAAUUCAACUGAAUUGGGAGCAAAGUGUGGAAUGCUUGUAAUUGUGUACUUGUAUUUUGUGUAUUUGUGUUGUUCUAUUCUCUUGCCGUGUGUUUGUGCAUUCUGUUGUUUGGUUGUUGUCCCUUCUUGAGGAGAAAUAAAAUGACAUCUUUAUCCU